UAAACCAAUGCACGCUAAAAAGUCGCUAUAUCAGGUCUAGAGCCGAAGGCACACUCUAGAACCCUCGGCGCGUACCAUACGCACGCGAACGGAACAACUGCCGCCAAGAUAUACGUCAUGUAUACUGAUCAGGCUCUGUGGUUUAAGGCUUGGUGUCUCUUGAGUCUAUGCGGUGGUGCGGAACUUCAAGAUUUCUGGACUUGGCGGGGUAGCAGGGUGAGGGAUAUAAGGACGGCAAAGACUCCGGGUUAAAGACAUCAAAUGACUGCCCGCUGAGCUGCAUACAAGCUCAACACCUUCAAAUUUCCACAUAGUCUCCACCAGGAACUUCUCAAAGACCCAAGAAUUCAGAUUCAAGGCCUCGUAGGCAAGAUGGUAGAACACCAUCCCGGAGCCUUCAUCUCAAAGGCGAAUAUCGUCCCCACAGAUAUGCCAUGGGCCCUAACAACGCACCUCCUUUCGAUUAGCAUCCCGCAAUUGAGACGCACGACCACUGCGCCCUUCCUCGCGUGCGCUGCUCAAGGUCAACUCCCCAAGCCGCUCAUCGCAGAAUGGAUUGCAAACGACCGUCUCUAUAUUCAAGGUUACAUCUCCUUGGCUGAGAACCUGGUCCGCAUUGUCGAGCAGACAAUCAAAGCAACACGCGCAACAGCUACAACUGUGGAUGUCGAGUCCAUCGAAUCGCGCCUACUGCGGUGGCUAGACGCCGCAAUCAAGAACGUGAAGAGGGAGUUUGAGUGGUUCGACGAGAUGACCGCCGCCUACAACCUUAGCGUCCCAACACUGUCCCCGAGCCAGAAAAGUUUGGGCGUGCAACGCUUUGAAGCGCUCUUCUCGCAGCUCUCCUCCCAACGACCGAACGACUUUCUUCCCUGGCUUGAGGGCGCAGUCUGCCUCUUCAGCUCCGAGAAAGUGUACUAUGAAGCAUGGAGCUGGGCGCAGAAACAAAACCGCAGGCGUUCGGCUGAUGGCGGCCGUUCGCGAUCACGAUCCCCGAAUCCCGCGACCAUGGACUACUCCAAUGAUCUUGAUGGCGGCGCUAUGAGGAAGGAGUUCAUUCCCAACUGGUCGAAUAAGAAUUUUAUGAUGUUCGUCGAGACACUCGAACGUAUUAUCAAUGAGGGCGUGGGCGAGGCUGUCGGACGCGAGGAUCAGAGGUGGCAGGAAAUCAAGACGAGGGCUGAUGCGGUGUGGCAGGCGACGCUGGAUGCGGAGGAGGCGUUUUGGCCGGACGUUGAUGGGAGCACGAAUCUUGGCGCGACGGGGAGGAGGUCGCUUGAGGUGCCUGGUGCGUCGAAUGUUGUCAGUGGAUCCAACGGCGUGAAUGAGUCGUACAAGGGGAUUGAGGUUAGGGGCAUGCUGGGCGCUAAGGAGGGAAGCCUCUUGGAGCCCAACACCAGGACAUACGAUCGUGAUGAGAGCACACUAGCGGGUGGACAGCAGACCAUCUUCGUGCCUCAUGUGGGUAAUGUCAAUAUCUAAGAGCGUUCGAGGUUACGAAUGAUUCUUUUCAUAGCUUAACUUAUAUAUUUAUAUAGCAUUACAAAGUUUUGACUCAAUUCUGAUCUGC